UCUUUAUUCAGCAACAAAAUUUUAUGGUUACGGGUAUUUUUCAUUUUUCCCCCCAAGAUUUUCUAUGAUAAGUGAGAACGUUGAACAAGAACACUCAGCUAAUGGUUACAAAAGCUAAUCGAAGUAUCAUAGUUGGAGUUAGUUGAAGUGAAAACCUGAGGUCACCAAGGAGAUGAAGCCAAACACCCAGGCUUCUUCCUUCGCCACUACUAAACCGCCGCACGUGACCUCCUUUCGCCGCUCACGUGCUCCCGUUCAACGAAACGACGCCGUGCGGACCGUGAAAUGCCAUCGUAUCAACUUGUCCCUUCGCCACUCCAAGACCAUAACCAUAACUGCAGCCGCGAAGCCCGAGAAUGACGGCGUAGCUGAAAACUCGGUCGGUCCGACCCGGCGAGUCGUGUUGGCGGCGCCAUUUCUUGCCGCCGGCGCGUCGUUUAUGUUCUCGUCAGCAACGAGGGCGGAUGAUAAGGCUGUGACAGCGCCAUCUCCUGUUUCGGCGCCUCCGCCUGCAGAAUUGACGGCGGCGAAGGUUGAGGAACCGAAGAAGAAGCAGAAAGAGGAGGAGGCGAUAACGUCGAGGAUUUACGACGCGACGGCGAUCGGGGAACCGUUGGCAAUAGGGAAGGACAAGGGGAAAGUGUGGGAGAAGCUGAUGAACGCGCGCGUGGUGUAUUUGGGGGAAGCGGAGCAGGUUCCGGUUCGCGACGACAAGGAAUUGGAGCUCGAGAUCGUUAAGAAUUUGCAAAAGCGGUGCCUAGAGAAUGAGAAGCGUUUGUCUUUGGCUCUUGAAGCUUUCCCUUCGAAUCUUCAGGAACCGCUCAAUCAGUUCAUGGAUAACAAGAUAGAUGGAGAAACCUUAAAGUCUUAUACAAUGCAUUGGCCGCCUGAAAGAUGGCAGGAGUAUGAACCUCUUCUUAAUUACUGUCGUGAAAAUGGAAUCCGCCUUGUUGCUUGCGGCACCCCACUAUCGAUCUUAAGGACUGUACAAGCAGAAGGAAUUCGUGGACUUUCAAAAGCUGAUCGUAAAGUAUAUGCACCUCCAGCUGGUUCAGGCUUCAUAUCAGGCUUCACUUCUAUCUCACGUAAAUCAUCAGUUGAUAGUAUUCUAAAUCCAUCAGUUCCUUUUGGUCCAAGCUCAUAUCUUUCUGCACAAGCUAGAGUUGUAGAGGAGUAUAAUAUGUCCCAGAUCAUCUUACAAAAUGUGCUUGAUGGAGGAGCAUCGGGCAUGUUAGUAGUUGUGACUGGUGCAAGCCAUGUAACAUAUGGUUCUAGAGGAACUGGAGUGCCAGCAAGAAUUUCAGGAAAAAUACAAAAGAAAAACCAAGUUGUAAUAUUGCUUGACCCUGAAAGACAGUUCAUUCGUGGAGAGGGAGAAGUUCCUGUUGCUGAUUUUUUGUGGUAUUCUGCUGCCAGACCCUGUAAUAGAAAUUGCUUUGACCGUGCUGAGAUUGCUCGGGUUAUGAAUGCUGCUGGGCGCAGACGAGAUGCCCUCCCACAGGAUCUACAAAAGGGAAUUGAUCUUGGUUUGGUAUCACCAGAGGUAUUGCAGAACUUCUUUGACAUAGAGAAGUAUCCCUUAAUUUCAGAACUCACUCACCGUUUCCAGGGUUUCCGGGAAAGAUUGUUGGCAGACCCCAAAUUCUUGCAUAGAUUAGCCAUAGAAGAAGCUAUAUCGAUAACAACUACUCUAAUAGCACAGUAUGAAAAGCGGAAAGAAAAUUUUUUCCAGGAACUAGACUAUGUUAUCACAGACACUGUCAGAGGAUCAAUUGUUGAUUUUUUUACAGUGUGGCUUCCUGCACCAACUCUGUCAUUCCUUUCAUAUGCUGAUGAGGCAAAUGCACCUGAAAACAUUAAUUCACUAAUAGGUCUUCUGGGCUCCAUCCCAGACAAUGCAUUUCAAAAGAAUCCAGCAGGGACAAACUGGAAUCUCAAUCAUAGAAUUGCAUCAGUUGUAUUUGGUGGUUUAAAACUUGCCGGUGUUGGAUUUAUUUCAAGCAUAGGUGCUGUGGCUUCAUCAAACUCUCUAUAUGCAAUUCGUAAAUUACUUAAUCCGGCUGUCGUUACUCAACAACAGAUUGUGAGGUCACCAAUACUCAAAACAGCGGUUGUUUAUUCAUUAUUUCUUGGAAUCUCGUCAAAUCUCCGAUACCAGGUAAUUGCUGGGUUAGUGGAGCAUCGCCUUUCUGAACAGUUUGCAUCUCAAACCUUGUUUGUAAAUAUGGUAUCGUUUGUCGCACGGACAGUCAAUUCUUAUUGGGGAACCCAGCAAUGGAUUGACAUUGCCCGCGCUACUGGUCUGCAAGUUAGAAAGACAGAGUUACCUACAUCAGAUCCUCCAAAUAAUGCAGCAAUUGUUUGCAGCGAAACAGAAGAAGCCAGCAUUGAUGAGAUAAAAGAAUAAAUGAGAUUCAAUCUCCUUUCGUGAUAUAUUCAUAAUUCUCAUUUUUGUAUUAUUAUUCUUAAAAUUCUUGUAUAAUAGGCUCAAAAGUAUAGGGUUUUUCGCUUUCAUGAUCUCUCUCUCUCGAACCUGUUGACAGUUCCUUUAACGGCUCAGUUGUACACAUUUUGAUAGGAUCCCAUUUUGGUGAAUAUAAUUUUGAUGUAAGUAAUAAAUGCAGGGCUGUUUCAAGAUGA